AGCAGAUCUGCUGAGGCAGGAGCGCCACCGUAGCAGAAGCCAUGGCUUUCCGGGAGAAGAGAGGCUUCCACAGCCUGGAGGUCAACAAGACCAUGUGGGAAGUUCCCGAUAGAUAUACGGCACUCAAGCAAGUGGGGUCGGGCGCCUAUGGGACUGUGUGUUCUGCUAUCGAUCAAAAGACAAAGGAGAAGGUGGCCAUAAAGAAGCUGCACCGUCCCUUCCAGUCCCUGAUCCACGCCAAAAGGGCGUACCGUGAGCUCCGGCUGCUGCGACACAUUCAGCACGACAACGUCAUAUGUCUCCUGGAUGUUUUCACACCCGACUCUUCGAUAGAGAAUUUCCAGACAUUCUACAUAGUGAUGCCCUUUGUGGCUCAAGACCUUGGCCAUAUCAUGAAGAAGAGAAGACUGACCGACCGCAUCAUCACCUACCUCUUCUACCAGAUCCUGCGGGGACUGAAGUAUAUCCAUUCUGCUGGGAUUAUCCACAGGGACCUGAAGCCCAGCAAUCUUGCUGUCAAUGAGAACUGUGAAUUGAAGAUCCUGGACUUUGGCCUGGCGAGACACACAGAGAGUGAGAUGACGGGAUACGUAGUGACACGCUGGUACAGGGCACCGGAAGUCAUUUUCAACUGGAUGCAUUACAGCCAGACAGUGGAUGUGUGGUCUGCUGGCUGUAUCCUGGCGGAGAUGAUCACAGGCCAAGUCCUCUUCCCAGGAAAUGACAGUAUUGACCAACUGCAGAAAAUCCUGAGCGUGACUGGAACACCAGCACCCUCCCUAGUGCAGAAGAUGCAAAGCAAAGAUGCACGCUCUUAUGUGGAGUCACUCCCCAUUCAGAAGAAGAAGAACUUCAAAGAUGUGUUCCCUUCCAUGGAUAGAAAGGCGGUGGCCCUGCUUGAGGCCAUGUUGCUCUUGGAUCCUGAGAAAAGGGUCACAGCCAAGGAGGGCCUAUCGCAUCCCUACCUGUCAGAGUUUCAUGACCCGGAGUCAGAGCCAGAGUCUCCGCCAUACGACGACUCCUUUGAGAGCAUGGAGUUGGUUGUGGGAGAAUGGAAGAGUCUCAUCCAUAUGGAGAUUAUGACGUUCGACCCUGAUAACCCCAGAGAAACUGCGACAUAAGGUGCCGGGGUACAGAUGUACAUUGUCAUUGACCAAAGAACGGAUGGUGAGCAUGCACUGCCUACCAAAACAUGGAGGACUGCUGCUCUGUUUGCACCGCGCAUGUCCUCAUCCUCAUUGCGUAAACUGGACAUUUUUACUGAAGCCGCUUGCUCGCGAAUUCAGCAGCAGUGGACCAUUUUUGCAAGUGCAAAGCCUUCCAUCACUUCUUUACGCUGAUGCUUAAACACAAUGAGAAAGGCAACAAACCAUUACUUUCCACUGAGAUUAUUUGUGGUGAAACAUUUUUUAUCUGCCUAGAAAAAAAAUCUGACGCUAGUUCUGUUAAAAUUUGCUCUACUGUACAUGGCACUGUUUUCUUACCACAUCUCUUAGCACAUCUCAGAGUCUCCCGACACUUCCUGCAGUCUAUUCUGCAGCGCAGAAAUGCCAUUCAUUUGGGUUUGCAGUAUGUUACUGGUUCCAGCCCCUUUUGCACUUGCUCUACUACCCAAGGUACUAACCCUGAACUGUUCCACUCAAAUAACCAGCUGUUAAAAAAAUGGUCAAAUAGUGUACAUUACUUUGAAUAAAAAUACCGAAGAAAUACGUUAGUAAUUUUAAGACGAAAGGUCACAUGCGGUACAUGUGCUGUACAAGUUUUGCUCUUACUCUUUUCCUUUAAAUUGUCAGAUAUGUUUGUGCUUCUGGGCCAUGUGUCCAAUCACAUUGCAUGCUGGUUGUGAUUUUUUCUUUUUUUUUCUUUUUACAUUUUUCUGUUUAAUUUCACUUGGUGAAUACUUCUGUUCUCAGAACUCACAAAUGUGCAUUACAGCUGUCUUUUGUGAGACAGAAAAUCAGGCUAUUUGAUUUUGUUUAACUGAAUUAAGCAACUUGAAUUUUGCUGAACAGAUGCUGGUUUUAACAAAAUUCACUAUUACAUCAUAAAAGAAUCACACUACAGGGUAUUACUACUCUUUACCACAUGCUAUGUCUAAUAUGCAAGGUGCCCAACCAGUUAUUCACUACGUGCCUUCAGUAUUCUUUCAUAUAAUUCAUUAUAAGUAACUA